AUGCAGUAUCACAAGCAAAUUACUACACUGCUUUCCAUCCUCGUCGCACAAGUCACAUGUCAGACGCCAACUGGCACUGCACCGUCCACAAGCGAGCAUCUGAACGUGGCAUAUGGCGAUACAGUUCUCGAAGCCAAUGAGUUGCUACCACAAGCUUUCCAGUCAAGCGACAAAGUCUCUGGGGACCACAUGCUCCUUCUGGUCGAUCAAUUGAUUCCACAAAGUAGCAUUGACUCGUCUGGCCCGCAAACACCAGGGCUUGAGUACUGCAGAACGACUCGACUGCAUUGGUUCCAGACCGAUCUCACCCAGCUUGACAAUGGUUCCUUCGUCAGCGAGACAGCACCAAUGGCAACGCAUGCCCACACCUACACCUUCUACCUCUUCACACAACCGUCCAACUUCACCCAGGACGCUGCAACCUGGGAUGCCGGACGCGUGUACGAUCCCAUCAGUGUCUACGAUAGGAUGAACUUCAGCACCUCUGCCAUAGCGGACGUCCCUGGCGUUGGUGCGCCUCUUGCGGCGAACUUUAUGCGUGUUCAGGAUCCCAACAUGACUACUUAUGGAACUGCUGCCAAUGGGACUUGUUCAAUGGACUCUGGGCUAUCGAAUUCGACAGAGCCAGGCUCGAGCAUCCACGUCCACCGUCUCGACAGCAAGGGCGAAGACGACGAUGGGCAGCAGCAGCGUCGCUUCGAGCAAGUUGGCGCCGAAUACCAAAAGCACGUCAAAGAGUCCCACGACGCCCGCGGCAUGGAGAAGUGGUACAAGACCGAGAUGUCCAUCCUCGCCAACGAGAAGGACCGGAUUCCGCGCCGUCUUCGGGAGAUUGGGCAGGAGAAGCUGGAGUUGGAGGCGAAGUUGGACGAGGUGGUGAAGAAUGAGAAGAGAUUCGUGGCCAAGUACAAGGCCGAGCACGAUCAGGGCGAGAAGGACCGGGAGUUGAAGGAGCGCUACGAGCAAUACUUGGAUCUUCAAACUCCGGAGAUGCGGGUCGAGGGUGAGGGUGGCGGCAUGGAGGGCGUGGAGGGCGAGCAGCAGUAG